CGCAAGGGCCAUAAACCACCUGGCUGGCACUGCUCAGCCCGCGGCAGCACAGGCAGGAGGAAGAGGAGGGAGGGGGAUGGCAGCCAGCCCCCCGCUCCGUGCCAGGAGGGCACCCCGAGUGCCGCCGUGGUGGUUGGGAGCGCAGCCCUUCCCCUAGGGCUGGUGCCACCGCCUGUGGCGGAUCUCUCAUGCCCACCGGCCACCCUCAUGCCGGGGUCCAGGGACGUGCCAGGGGGGAACAGGACCUACUUCCCCUUCUUCUCGGACUUCAGGGGCUGCAACGUGACGGCCCUGCGCAUCGGCGAGUCAUCUGCUCUGGCCUCCAUCUUCCUGCUGGCCUUGGUGGGAAACAUCUGGGGCAUCUGUCUGCUGGUGCAGCGGCGGCGGCGGCACCGGCCGUGUGCGGCCAACUGCCUUGUCCUCAACCUCUUCUGUGCCGACCUGCUCUUCAUCACCGCCAUCCCCUUCAUCGCCGUCGUGCGCUGGACCGAGAGCUGGGUGCUGGGCGACGUCGUCUGCCACAUGCUCUUCUACGUGAUGAGCCUCAGCGGCACCGUCGUCAUCCUCUCCCUCUCGGCCGUCAGCCUGGAGCGCGUCGUCAGCAUCGCCCGGCUGCGCCACGCCGCCUUCCGCCGCCGCAAGGCGCUGCCCGCCGCCCUCCUCCUCAUCUGGGGCUUCGCCGCCCUCGCCACGCUCCCGCUCUGCUGCUUCUUCACCGUGGUGCGGCUGCCCGGCGCCGCCGGCCAGGAGAUGCAGAUUUGCACCUUGGUUUGGCCCAGCACUGCAGGAGAAAUAGUUUGGGAUGUGACCUUUGCCAUUGCUUUCUUUCUAAUACCAGGAUUAGUCAUUGUCAUCAGUUAUUCCAAAAUCCUACAGAUUACAAAAGCAUCAAGAAGGAGCUUAAAUGCUGGCUUAGCCUACUCAGAAAAUCAUCAGAUUCGUGUUUCCCAGCAAGACUACAAACUAUUCCGAGCCCUCUUUUUGUUGAUGAUCUCUUUCUUUGUCAUGUGGAGCCCGAUUAUAAUAAUUAUUCUUUUAAUUUUAGUCCAGAACUACAAACAUGAUUUAAAUAUUUUGCCAUCAGUUUUCUUCUGGAUAGUGUUAUUCACUUUUGCCAACUCUGCUGUCAAUCCAAUUUUGUAUAAUGUUGCCUAUUUCAGACGUAAAUGUCAGGAAAUUCUUCUCUGUUGUACAGGGAACCCUGUAAGGCGUGGGGCUGGUACAGAAACCACUGCAAGAAGAAGUAACCAUGAACAACCAAAUUUGUCUUUCAUUACCAGAUAAUUAUUUAAAGUCUGAGCUGUGCCACGCUUUGGAUGUUAAUGUCUCUCCUAUCCCAGGUUGAAUGUUAUAGUAUUAUAUGCCCGAGAAGGAAAAAAUUUUUAAUUCCUGCAGGUAAAAUUCUCAUGACUUUGAGCACUACUUUGCUUCAGUAAGAUUUGGACAUUUUAAUCCAAUGGAUUGAAUUCUCCACUUACACUGAAAGAAAUACGAAUGUGGCAGUGAACUUGGUGAAUGUGGAACAGCUGAAAUAAGCACUUACCAGACAAAUUCAUUUCCGCGAGGGUACAUUUUCUGUUGGCGUAAAUGUCAUUAACUCUCAAGAGGGCACCUGAUCCAUUUUCACCCUGUUUGCCACUGCGUAAGAGAAAUCAACUUUCUAGUGAAAACGUGCAUCCUCAAAAGGUAUCUGCUCUUUUUUUCAAUCCCACUAAAAAAAGGCACUUGAUUAUACACUUGGAUCACUGACUGUCUGAACACAGGUUUGGGCAGACUAACCAAUUUCUUGUAGGAAACAAGAUGGUAAAUAUGUGUUAUCACCAAGUGAAUGACCAAUUUGGUUCCAUCUCAAAUUACAAGUAGGGACAUAAUGCCUGUUAAUUUAUAAAUAAAGAAUAAAUAAAUAAUUGUUUACUUGUCAUGUAUAAAAUAUUUUUAAAAGAUGCGUAUUUUUUAUGUCUUUGGUAGUCAUAUGAUCAAGUUAAUCAGUGAUAUAUAGGGUCACUGAAAUUCCUUCCUCCUUUCUAAAAUGGUAUAGGGAACAAUUUCCAGCAUUUCACAGAAAAAAGAUGACAUUGUAUUUGAAAAUAAAUUAAAAGUUUUAGAAAGCAAAUACAUGUUUGUUUUUUUUUUUUUAAUUAAAACUCCUUUAGUUGGAAAUUGCAACCACUAAAAAAAGAAGGAUUAAAUUCUUAACGAUCACCAUCUGCCACCAAUUCAAAAUAGUGCAUGAAGAUAAUGGUUUACUAAUAAAACCAAUGUCUACAUACGUACAGAUGUGCAUACAAACAAUUUGCAUCCCCUGUAAUCCAAGUUUAUUAAAAUGUUUCAUUGGUUUAUUAACAAGGUGAGCUACACAGCUCAGAUAAAUACACUCAAAAUCUAAAUGAAGCCGUUCAAAAGGUUUUCAAGAGAACACCCGAUCAACG